CUGAGCCGCGGCUUUCCGGCACCUCUCUGGGUAAAUUUCCAGAGCGCCAAGUGUUCGGCUCCGGUUUCUACCGCUUGGAUUUCGCUCCCGCAUGUGGGCGUCUAAAAGGAAACCAGAAGCUGGCUUAAGCACAUGAAGCAUUCACUGUGGAGAGAACAGCAUUUUUGAGAUAAGUCAGAGGAAACCCACUACAGAAGUGCACCCUCCUGUGAGUGCAUUGUACUGCUUCUUCAAACUGCCUAGUGAUGAAGCCACCAUUAUGUCCUCAGUCAGUGAAGUGAAUGUUGAUAUCAAAGAUUUCCUAAUGAGCAUUAAUUUGGAGCAGUACCUCUUCAACUUCCGUGAAUUUGGCUUUAAUAAUGUGAGGGACUGUGCAGACAUAAAUGACAGCGUGCUCCUCAAAAUUGGAAUAUCACCUACAGGACACCGGAGGAGGAUACUUAAACAGUUACAGAUAAUCCUGUCAAAAAUGCAAGAUAUCCCAAUAUAUGCAAAUAUUCACAAAACAAAGAAAAAUGAUGAGACUUCAGAGGAUCACCAGGCUCCAUCUUCUGCUCAGAAUACCUGCUUAGAAUUUUCAGAUUCACACAGUGUUCAGAUACCUAGCCCAAUACAGUUGGAGACUGUUACAAAAAAUGUUGGAGAACAUGAGGUUUGUGUGGAAAAUAGCCAGUCUCUUAAAUCAGAUGAUAAGCUGACUCUUCCUACACACAACUUUCCCAUUCCAGAAGACGAACCACACUCGAAUUCAGGUUCUUUUCAAGAUUCUUUACUUGGUAGUGAAAUUACCAAAGUAGAAUCUUUGAUAACAGAGAAGACUGUGGGCUGUAUAACUGAAGAACAAACAGAAAGAGUUGAUCUGAUUUCAGAAAAUGUAGGCAAGCUUCCUAAUGCAGACCUUGAAUUCCUUUCCUCCCAUGACUCUUCAGUAUCGGAAGCAAAUUCUGGAAAUGGAACUAACGUUUCAUUAGAAAGCUCACCACCAUCACCAUUCUUUCAGUUUCAAGGAGAAAUGGUUGUAAAUGAUUUGUACGUGCCAUCAUCACCUGUCCUAACACCUAUGAGAAGUCGUAGCAAGUUGGUUUCAAGACCAUCUCGAUCUUUUCUGCUAAGACAUCGGCCGGUACCAGAGAUUCCAGGAUCAACAAAGGGAAUUUCAGGGAGCUAUUUCCGUGAGAGAAGAAAUGUUGCUACCUCAACUGGAAAAUCUGUGACACAGCAAAAUACAAAUGAGGAGAAUUCAUCUUCCAUUUUACCUUAUGGAGAGACCUUUCUUUUCCAGAGACUAGAAAAUUCCAAGGUUAGGUCUUCGGAGUCCUUUUGUGGAGAGGCAGAGAAAGGACAAUCACAUAUAGUACUAGGAAGUAUUAACACUAUUGUUUUUUCAUUUAGCAUAUACGAUAACAGGACGGAAAAUAUAAGUGAAGACAAAGUAGAAGAUAUUUGGAUACCUCGAGAGGAUAAAAGCAAUCUUCCUAUAGACUCUGCUUCAGAAUCAGAAUAUUCAACAGUAGAAGAAUGCUUUCAGAGUUUAAGAAGAAAAAAUUCAAAGCCAUCUAAAUCAAGGACCCAAAAGGCAGUGAAUUUGGACCCUGUUAAUAGGCACAGUUAUCCACUAAGUUCAACAAGUGGAAAUGCUGACUCACCAGUUAUUUCCUCAAAUGUAAUAUCUCCCUAUGCCUGUUUUUAUGGAUCAUCUACAAGGAAGGUUAAAUCCGGAUGGCUUGACAAACUCUGUCCCCAAGGAAAACGCAUGUUUCAGAAGAGAUGGGUGAAAUUUGAUGGCCUUAGCAUUUCUUAUUAUAAUAAUGAUAAGGAAAAGUAUUCAAAAGGAAUAAUCCCUCUUUCUGCUAUAUCUACGGUACGAGUUCAAGGAGACAACAAAUUUGAAGUUGUUACAACACAAAGAACUUUUGUUUUUAGAGUAGAAAAAGAAGAGGAAAGAAAUGACUGGAUCAGCCUACUAUUAAAUGCACUGAAGUUACAGGCCCUUUCUUCCCAGUCUCAAGCUGCUAUUGCACCUGAGAAAUGUGGAUAUCUUGAACUGAGAGGCUAUAAAGCUAAAAUUUUUACUGUGUUAAGUGGAAACAGUGUGUGGCUUUGCAAAAAUGAACAGGAUUUUAAGAGUGGACUUGGUAUUACCAUAAUCCCUAUGAAUGUAGCAAAUGUAAAACAAGUGGACCGAACUGUAAAACAGUCUUUUGAAAUAAUCACUCCCUAUAGGAGUUUUAGCUUUACCGCUGAGUCUGAAAAAGAGAAGCAGGAGUGGAUUGACGCUGUGCAGCAAUCAAUAGCAGAAACUCUCUCUGAUUAUGAAGUAGCCGAGAAGAUUUGGUACAAUGAGUCCAACAGGAGCUGCGCAGAUUGCAAAGCCCCAGAUCCCGACUGGGCCUCCAUCAAUCUCUGUGUUGUCAUCUGCAAGAAGUGUGCAGGGCAACAUAGAUCUUUAGGACCAAAAGAUUCCAAGGUUAGAAGUCUGAAAAUGGAUGCCAGCAUUUGGAGCAAUGAGCUCAUUGAGCUUUUUAUUGUCAUUGGAAACAAAAGAGCUAAUGACUUUUGGGCUGGUAAUCUUCAAAAAGAUGAAGAAUUACACAUGGACUCUUCAGUAGAAAAGAGAAAAAAUUUUAUCACUCAGAAGUACAAAGAAGGAAGAUUCAGAAAAACCCUUUUGGCGUCUCUUACCAAGGAAGAAUUAAAUAAGGCUCUGUGUGCCGCUGUGGUGAAACCAGAUGUUCUGGAGACAAUGGCUUUGCUGUUCAGUGGAGCAGAUGUCAUGUGCGCGACAGGUGAUCCUGAGCACAGCACCCCCUAUCUGCUGGCCAAGAAGGCAGGGCAGAGUCUGCAGAUGGAGUUUCUCUACCAUAACAAAUUCUCAGAUUUCCCUCAACAUGACACGUAUUCUGAAGGUGGAUUAAAUCAAGAGUCCUCCCAGUCUACGUUCCUCUGUGACUUUUUGUAUCAGGCUCCUGCUGGUGCUUCUAAACUCUCUUCAGAAAAAAAACUGCUUGAAGAGACAAAUAAAAAGUGGUGUGUUCUGGAAGGAGGCUUCUUGAGUUACUAUGAAAAUGAUAAGUCUACCACGCCUAAUGGCACCAUUAAUAUCAAUGAAGUCAUCUGCCUGGCUGUGCACAAAGAAGACUUCUGUUUAAAUACUGGGCCUAUCUUUACUUUUGAGAUUUAUUUACCCUCAGAACGUGCAUUUUUAUUUGGAGCUGAAACAUCUCAAGUGCAAAGAAAAUGGACAGAAGCAAUAGCCAAGCAUUUUGUUCCCUUUGUUGCUGAAAACUUAACAGAAGCUGACUAUGAUUUGAUUGGUCAACUCUACUACAAAGACUGCCACGCCCUGGAUCAGUGGAGAAAAGGCUGGUUUGCAAUGGACAAAUCUAAUUUGCGUUUUUGCCUUCAAAUGCAAGAAGGUCAAGAGGAUAGAAUGCACUUAAGGAGACUACAAGAACUAACAAUUAGCACAGUGGUUCAAAAUGGGGAAAAAUUGGAUGUUUUGCUCUUGGUAGAAAAAGGGAGAACAUUAUACAUCCAUGGGCAUACCAAGUUGGAUUUCACAGUCUGGCAUACUGCAAUUGAAAAAGCAGCAGGUACAGAUGGGAAUGCAUUACAAGACCAGCAGCUCAGCAAAAAUGACGUUCCCAUUAUCGUGAACAGCUGUAUAGCAUUUGUUACACAGUAUGGUUUAGGAUACAAAAAUAUCUAUCAAAAGAAUGGUGAUCCAUUACAUGUAAGUGAACUCCUGGAGAGUUUCAAAAAGGAUGCAAGAAGCUUUAAAUUGAGGGCUGGAAAACAUCAACUUGAAGAUGUGACAGGCGUAUUGAAGAGUUUUCUCUCUGACAUUGAUGAUGCACUUCUCACUAAGGAACUCUACCCAUAUUGGAUCUCUGCCUUAGAUACCCAAGAUGACAAGGAGAGAAUUAAAAAGUAUGGAGCAUUUAUUCGUACUCUUCCUGGGGUGAACCGGGCAACCUUGGCAGCUAUAAUUGAACACCUUUACAGGGUUCAGAAAUGCUCAGAGAUCAAUCACAUGAGUGCCCACAAUUUGGCCUUGGUUUUUUCCUCCUGUUUGUUUCAAACUAAGGGACAAACUAGUGAAGAAGUGAAUGUAAUCGAGGACUUAAUUAAUAAUUAUGUUGAAAUUUUUGAGGUUAAAGAAGACCAAGUCAAACAAAUGGACAUAGAGAAUAGCUUUAUUACCAAGUGGAAAGACACUCAAGUUUCCCAGGCUGGAGAUUUGUUAAUUGAAGUAUAUGUAGAAAGAAAGGAGCCUGACUGCAGUAUUAUAAUUCGGAUAUCUCCUGUGAUGGAAGCAGAAGAGUUAACUAAUGACAUAUUAGCAAUAAAAAAUAUAAUUCCUACAAAAGAUGAUAUCUGGGCCACAUUUGAAGUCAUAGAAAAUGAAGAGCUUGAACGUCCUCUUCACUACACAGAAAAUGUGUUGGAACAGGUGCUUGGAUGGAGUUCAUUAGCUGAGCCUGGCUCUGCUUAUCUUGUGGUGAAGAGAUUCUUAACCGUGGACACGAUUAGACACUACAACGAGAGGAAGGCCCUGGAAAAUAUCAAAGAGGGAGUCUUGAAAGUCAAAGAAGAACCAUCUAAAAUACUCUCUGGAAAUAAGUUUCAAGAUCGGUAUUGUGUUUUACGAGAUGGGUACCUCCUCCUUUAUAAGGAUCUGAAGAGUAGCAAACCUGAUAAAAUGUUUUCUCUCAGUUCUGUGAAGUUUUAUCUUGGAGUGAAAAAGAAGAUGAAGCCUCCAACAAGCUGGGGACUGACAGCAUAUUCUGAAAAACAUCACUGGCACCUGUGUUGUGAGAGUUCACAGACUCAAACGGAGUGGAUGGCCAAUAUCUUUAUUGCCCAGCAUGAAAAUGAUAUAUGGCCACCAGCUGGAAAGGAACGAAAACGUUCUAUAACCAAAAAUCCCAAAAUUGGAGGUUUGCCUCUGAUUCCCAUCCAGCAUGACAGAAAUGCAACACAAGCCCGGAGAGAGAUUGAGAGUGCAAAAGCAGAACUCGAAAGGCUGCGGCUCGGGGCCAAGCGUGACCAAGGUGGGGACGGCACCUUAAAGGAGAAAGCCUCCAUCGUGGCCCAGUGCCUGGAGCAGAAGGACGAGAAGCUUCGAAAUCGAACCAGAAAACACCGGAGUUUCAACUGUCUGGAGGACACAGAGGCUGAGGUCUUUCCAGGGCGACAGAAAGGCUAUAAAGGCCUAAAGACACUGAAGAAGACCGAGGACAGGAAUGGCAAAGAUACUUUGGACUGCAAUAAUAAGUUACCACCAAAAGUCAUCGAAGAGCUUAGCGUGGUUCUCCAGCGAUCAAGAACUGUUCCCAAAGAGGUGCAGGCUGAGCAGGUGGUGCAGAAGGAGAUAAAAUGACUUGUCCUACACAUGGUUUUUUUAAAUAUUGUGUACAGUGUCUUAAACCAAACUAUUUCAUGCUGGGUGAGAUGUGUCUAGCUAUCCUUAACCAUUUAAAGAGCAAUUUUAAACUAUUAAUAUGUAUGUAUAUAUGUGAUAAGUGUAAGAUUCACUGUGUCGUGGUCUGAACAAAGCUUGUACAGUUCGGCUCUGUUAACCUUGCGUAGGAAGGCACUGGGUUACUCUGAGUGGCCAGACUUUGGAAGUACAGUUGACCCCUGAACAACAUGCAGCAGGGGUUAGUGUGUUAAUCUGUGUAUAAUUUAUAGUCAGCCCCGGUAUCUGAAAUUCCUCUGCAUUUGUAGGUUCAACUGAUUGUGGAUCAUGUAGUGCUCUAGGAUUCACUUUUUUAAAAUAUCCACAUAUAAGUGGACCCAUGCAGUUCAAAAUCCACAUUGAUCAAGGGUCAACUGUAGGUGUCUGCUAAGUGGUGUAAAUUUAUGAACAGAAAUUGCAAACCGUACUGUAUUGUAUAAAAUGCUGUGUGUAAAUGAAGCCUAUGAAACUAUAUGUAACACAUUUUGCACUUUGAGAAACCUUGUAUAUAAAGUUAUCAUACGUUUUUAGGUUUACAUAGGGUCCAACCUUAGGGAAAAGAAAAGAAAGUGAGUUGAAAAGGGGGAGGAUUUAUUUUAGUGGCUGCCUAUCAAACAACACUGAGGUUUUAAAAAAGAGGCCAAGAAUUAACACAUGUCCUAAAAGCCAAGGAGGUCAGGUUGAAAUUCAUUCUAGCUUACUGUUGACCAGACCUUGUUCACGAGAAACUGCUUGUUGAGAAAAUAAUCUAGUGGCUAAGUAUUUCCCAAGAUUAGUAUUCAGCCAACACACAUGAAUAAUGGCACUGGCCACUGUUCCCGUGGUGUCAGUGAACCAGACGCAGUACCCACCCAUUCACUACACUUCAGUUCUCUGCAGGUGGCUGCCGAGGGGAGACUUACACUGCAUUGAAGGGAUCACGUAUCGGGGACCCGGCGUGGAUGCCGCUUGCACUGUUGCUGUGUGCGAACAAAUAAAGACUUCCUUACUGUCUUUCUGGUACGGGCAACAGUCAUCAUCACAGGGUUUUAUUGUUUUUUUAUUACUGUUUUACUUUGUAAAUUCAUUUCAGAAGUAAGACUGAGUCGGAAUUUACUGAAACUAUACAACAUAUGGCCAUCUGGGGGUAGGAGUUAGAUUAAUUACUAUACUUUUGGGAGCUACUAGUUCCCUUUUAACCUAAUUUUUUUUUUCUUCUUUUUAAUAAAGCAGGAAUCUUCUUUCUGUGCCUAAUAAAUAAUGACAAAGCCCUCUAUUUUUAAUUCCACAUAAAGAGCAGCUACUCGGUUGGCUGUUUUUUUCAAACAAUACCAUCUAAAUUAUAGUUGGCAGGGGUAGCACUUUUCAUCAGUUUCUUUAGAACUGUAUUAGGUCUGGUGAGUUUUAAUCAAAAUUAUUUUACUAGUAGGUAGCCAAGCUUUAUUCCUACCAUUUCCUACCCCCACCUCUGUUUUUCAGGUGUCUUGUCAGAAUUUAUCAGUAUACAAAGGCCCGUACUUUUUUCAGUCCCAUCAUAGUGCAGUAAUAUGCUGUUAAAUGCUCUGAAUUUCUUCAUUACAAAAUACUGAUCUCUUAUACCUGGUGGUGAUAAAAUAGUUUACCAAGGAUAUGUGAUAUUUAUUCUUUAAAUCCACAUAGGUUGGAAUUUUCUUUUUAAGAGAGAAACUGCUGGUCAGUUUAUGAAAUAGGUGGCACCGCUGGGAAGCCUUCAUAGCUAUAAAGCAAGAAUCAUGGUGUUUAGGAAAAAAAAACUAAAACUAUUAUUUCUAGUAAAUGGUAAUAUUUAUGUUUUAUGAAAUAAGGGGACAUGAAAAUUAUGCUGGAUAAUGGAACAGUAUCUGGAUUUCUUUUUACCUGCCUUAUUUGAAUACUUUUGAAAUUUGAGCUUAAAAUCUAAUAACUUCUAUUUCCCUUCCUGUACAACUGUCUCCAUUUUUCAAGUGUAAGAUAAGGGCUAAUGAUGACAUCUCAUAUAUUUUGAGUAAAAAUUAAAAUUGUUUUUCAAGUCCA